AGAAAUUUGUUGCAGUUUGUGAAAUGUUUGCAUUACGCCGCAGUCUCAAUAUGGUCUACGGGCCGCAAAAAUUGAAGCAAAACAACUGUUUUAAAGUCAAUUUCGGUGUCUCUGCGGCGAUGUCGCAGAAAAUUCGCGCUGGACCCGUCGUCGAUGUGCUGGGUGAUGAGAUGACCCGCAUCAUCUGGCAGUCGAUCAAGGAUAAGCUGAUCCUGCCCUUCGUCGACGUCGAGCUGCACACAUUCGAUCUGGGCAUCGAGGAGCGCGACAAGACCAACGAUCAGGUGACCAUCGACUGUGCCGAGGCCAUCAAGAAGUACAAUGUGGGCAUCAAGUGUGCCACCAUUACGCCCGAUGAGAAGCGCGUCGAGGAGUUCAACCUGAAGAAGAUGUGGAAAUCCCCCAACGGCACCAUUCGUAACAUUCUUGGCGGCACCGUCUUCCGUGAGGCGAUCAUUUGCAAGAAUGUGCCCCGCCUCGUCUCCGGCUGGCAGAAGCCCAUUGUCAUUGGUCGCCAUGCCCAUGCCGAUCAGUACAAGGCUGUUGAUUACCUAGUGCCCGGACCCGGCCAGUUGACCCUCACAUUCAAGGGCACCGACGGCAAGGUCAUCAACGAGGUGAUCAAUGACUUCAAGGGUCCCGGCAUUGCAUUGGGCAUGUACAACACGGACGACUCGAUUGUGGACUUUGCUCAUGCUUCGUUCAAAUAUGCGCUGGACCGCAAGAUGCCGCUGUACAUGAGCACCAAGAACACAAUCCUCAAGAAGUACGAUGGUCGCUUCAAGGACAUCUUCGAGGAGCUGUACAACAAGGAGUACAAGAAGCAGUACGAGGCCGCCGGCAUCUGGUAUGAGCACAGACUUAUCGACGAUAUGGUCGCCUACUGCAUGAAGUCGGAGGGCGGCUUCGUCUGGGCCUGCAAGAACUACGAUGGCGAUGUCCAGUCGGACUCCGUUGCCCAGGGCUAUGGCUCGCUGGGUCUGAUGACCUCGGUGCUGCUGUGUCCUGACGGCAAGACUGUAGAGGCGGAGGCUGCUCACGGUACGGUGACGCGUCACUUCCGUUUUUACCAGCAGGGCAAGGAGACCUCCACCAAUCCCAUUGCCUCGAUCUUUGCCUGGACGCGUGGUCUGCUUCACCGCGCCAAGCUGGACAACAAUCAGCCCCUCAAGCAGUUCGCCGAGACACUCGAGCAGGUGUGCAUCGACACGAUUGAGUCUGGCUCGAUGACCAAGGAUCUGGCCAUCUGCAUCAAGGGCAGCCCCAGCGCUGUCGAGCGCAAGGACUACCAGGAGACCUUCGAGUUCAUGGACACGCUGGCCAAGAAUCUGCAGAUCGCCCUCAACAAGGGCACCACGCAGCAGGCAUCACUUUAAGCUCCCCUACCCUCCCAGCACUUGCUCCUCAAAUGUCCUCGUCGUCCAUAUUUGCCUGUUGUGCCUAUGUACAUAUGUAUGAAUGUGAACCCUAGGUAUAUUUGAUUUUGCUACCCUUUUUAUAAUUAUGUAUUUUACAUGUCGAUUCCAUGUUCGUUCGUCUCUGCGAGACCCCAUCAAA